AUGGUGAGUUUUUACAUUAAAUUCUUGAUUUAUGAAGUAAUAGAAACAGCUACAGCGUGUCAUUUCAUAUACAAACGCAUCGCAACCUAUAGAUUGUUCAUCAAACCCUCUGAAGAUGGAGCCUUUUGUCCUCAGCGUGUGAUUAGCUCUCCGUUAGCCGGUGGUGCUAACCGGCGAGUAAGCACAUGGGCAUUAUGAAUACGCUAAAGGCUAAGCUAACCACUUCAAAUACGUAGGUUGGCUGUUAAGUAGGCUUAGAAAGUGGCUCUGUUGUUGCGUAAAAGGAUAAAAAGUUAGCUGAUGUGAUUUCAGGCGUAGUUAUCAGUGUUCACUCUGGCUCUCUGUUCUCAGUAAACCUGUUAGCAUGCUCGGUUAGCCUGUCAGUUCGGCUUUGUGGCUGUCAUGAUGGGACGUAAUGAGUGAUAUUCACGAAACAUGAAAAUAAAUUAAAAUGAUGAAAAUACUUCCAUAACUUUCAAAACCUAGCAUUUUUACUUUAUUUAUUAUUUUAGCAGUAAAUUAUGUGUUUUAAGUCCUUAUUUGAACAUUUUAUAGAAAGCUUCUAGCGGUUUCCAGGAGGAAAGGGGCGGGGCUUCAGUGCCGCUGCGUUCAGUGACACUCGUUAAACCGAGUAUCAUCCACGCCUAUGGUUUUCCUGACAAUUAUAGACGUUGUAUUUUGUCACAAAGAAGAAUUAUUAGUAGAGGACAUUACAGAGAUCCUUCAAACCCACUAUGUGUUUAAUUGGAGUUGUUGAAAUGCAGUGAGUUUGUAGAUUUCAGUGUGUUGCAGAUUAUGUAUUAUUUAUUUAUUCUUUAUUUCAUUCCUUUAUAAAUAAAAAGAGAGAAUUUAAUUUAAAUACAAACGUUCUCCUAUCUAGAAUGACAGGGAGCAGAAAGAUGACUUAUCUUAUUUUAUCUGCCCCUUUAUCCCCAGAAAUCAGUUUACAAAGAACAAACUUAAAACAAUAAAAUAGAAUAAAAUUUAAAAAAGCAACAACAUAAACAAAACAUUCAAAGAAAAAUUUUACCAGUCAACAUCCAAUAAUGACUUUAAAAAAAGAAAAAGUUGAUUAAUAUGUCAUGAAAGAGGAGCAGACUCUUUAAGAUUUUUCUUCUUCCUGCUCCUUUUCAUUCAGAUCUUUCCUUGUUUGUAUUGAUUGUUUUAAACAUUAACUGAAUGAAAUAAAGUAUGAAAAAAUAAAACAAAAUGAAGUAAGGUAAUAUAAAUUAACUUAAACUUAUUAAACAAAAUGUAAAGCAAUAGUGUGAGGUGUCACAAAAGCCUUAUACUCUUAAUGAGUUGUUAUUUUUUUGUGUUAAGUGAAUUUUCUGACACAGGCAGACAAAACCGAGGAAGUUUGUUUUAGUUUCAUAAUAUUUUGACUAAAUAAUCCAAGAAAUGAUGAGAUACAGCACAGUUAUAAUAGUGUCUUUUAAGACAGUGCUUUUUUAUGAUAAUGUGGUGCUCAAGUGUUUGUGAUUUAAAUCCUAAACGAGACCCCAAAUUAACUCAAAUUUCCUUACAUUGAUUUCAUAUGUGUAGUAGAGUCUCUUUAUUUUCUGUAACUUUUACUGUGAGUCUGGCGAUUUUGUUUAACUCUUGCCGUCUCUCUGCAGGCGUCCUUAUCGAUGGCCCCGGUCAACAUCUUCAGACAUGGAGCUGAUGAAGAAAAAGCAGAAACUGCACGACUGGUGCGUUUGUUUACCCUACUCAGUGGUUAAUUUCAGUUUUAUUGUUCGAUAAGAAAUAGACUCUUUGAAUUUAUCUAAGCUGUCUCUUUUGUUUGCUUUGUCUGCAGUCGUCUUUUGUGGGCGCCAUCGCUAUCGGUGAUCUGGUGAAGAGCACUCUGGGACCAAAGGGCAUGGUAGGACAUGUUUACAAUCCUUUAAGUUUAUUAUCAUUAGGAUUAUACGGCUCACAUCUGGAGACAGCCAUCGUUGUGAUCUCAAAGAUCUGCUGAAAAUGCUUUUAAGAUUGCCUCAUUUUUUCUCUCUUUUAAGUUUCUUUGUUGGGUCUUAAAUCUUUCACAUGAAAGUGUCUCUAGCUAAACAUCCUCCUCUUCUUCAGGAUAAAAUCUUGCUGGGUGGAGGAAAAGGUGGGUCAGUCACAGUGACGAACGAUGGAGCCACCAUCCUGAAAGCCAUCGGAGUCGAUAACCCAGCCGCCAAAGUCCUGGUUGGUGAGUAAAAACCUCUAAUGUCAGGAAGAAAAACUUCAUGAAACGCAGUAAUGAAGCUGCAAAUGUUAAAAAAUGUCCUCUAAUUUUGUUCCGUCUGGAGUAAACAGCAUGUUUGUCCUUUUUAACAUGUAUUUAAAGGUUGUUCAAACAGUUUACAGAGAGUUUAAAAAGUUUGAACACAAAGACGAUAACCAAAGAGUGAUUUUUAAACUCUGUGUCUUCAGACAUGUCAAAGGUUCAGGAUGACGAAGUCGGAGACGGGACGACCUCCGUCACUGUCCUCGCUGCAGAGCUGCUGAGGGUAAAAAAUCAACUUCUUUAAAGAAUGAAUCAUCAUUUCUUCACCUGCUGCUGCUUCUUAAACCCCAGUUUGUCCUUCUGUAGGAGGCGGAGCUUCUCAUUGCCAAGAAGAUUCACCCACAGACCAUCAUCUCAGGCUGGAGGAAGGCAACUCAGACAGCCCGGGAGGCCCUGAAGGAGGCUGCAGUGGACCACAGGUGAUACUCAGACACAUCAACCAUCGCGUCUUCAAACCUCAAAUGUCUCUCUUUUUGUUUCCUUCAUCAUCUUCUUUUUUUCCUGUUUCCAUAGCAAUGAACCCUCCCGCUUCCAGGAAGACCUGCUAAACAUCGCUCGCACCACGCUCUCCUCCAAACUGCUGACUCACCACAAAGAUCACUUCGCCCAGCUCGCCGUGGACGCCGUCAUGAGGCUGAAGGGCUCCGGGAACCUCGAGGCCAUCCACAUCAUCAAGAAGCUCGGGGGAGGGCUCACUGACUCGUACCUGGAUGAAGGUGAGAGGGGGGCGUGAAGUUACAGCUACCAGACUGAUCUCUGCACCCUGAUUGGCUGCUGUAGAGUCACGCGUGUUUUUGAUUCGUUUAGGAUUCCUGUUGGACAAGAAGAUUGGAGUAAACCAACCAAAGAGGAUGGAGAACGUCAACAUUCUGAUCGCCAACACCGGCAUGGACACAGACAAGAUCAAGGUGAGCGCACAAGCAUCUCACAACCCAGCUGUUUUAGUUUUAGUGAACCUGUUUCUGCAAAUAUUUCAGUUUCAAAGUUGGAUUUGUGCAGAUUUCUCUGUCAUUACAGUUAAAAUUUGAUUUUUUGUAAACUUAGUGAGAGAUUAAGGGCUCAUUUUGACCUCUAAACUGAAGUUGUGCUUCUGAAAAUCCACCAAAUUCGAUCUGUUUGUGUUUUCUUGUUCGUGUGUGUCAGAUCUUUGGCUCCAGGGUUCGCGUCGACUCGACGGCGAAGGUCGCAGAGAUCGAACUGGCAGAGAAAGAGAAGAUGAAGGAGAAGGUCGAGCGGAUCCUGAAACACGGAAUCAACUGCUUCAUCAACAGGUAGAGACUCAUUUUCAGGUCAUUUACUGAGUUACAGUGAAACAUCAUAUUCAGGUGUAAUCAGCAGGAUGUCCAGCAGGGGGCGCUGCUGUUCUGUGCAUAUAUCAGCAGUUAGUUUUCGAUAACUGCUCACUUCUCUCCAAACUGUUCAAACCCAGUUUUCAAACUACAUUCACUAAGUAUUAUUCAGGGGUAAUCAAAAUAUCAUAAAAAAGAAGGUGCUCAGUGACAGCAGUGUUAAAUUUACAUUUAGAUUCAUUUUUUUUAUGUUUUGGUUUUUAAUUUUCAAUUUCGGUUUAGUUGUGGUCAUCUUAUUUGAGGUGAGACUAAUGCUAGACUGAGCUUCGUUGGUUUAACUGUAGAUUUUUGUGUUGUAGCAGCUGUCUUCCUUCUGUCUUCUCCACUGUGUUUGUUAGAAGUAUAAAUGUGCGUUUUCCUCCACAGACAGCUGAUCUACAACUACCCAGAACAGCUCUUCGCUCAGGCUGGAGUCAUGGCCAUCGAACACGCCGACUUCGCCGGGGUGGAGCGCCUGGCUCUGGUCACAGGUACGAAAAACUGACACAGGACUUAUUUAGAGCUCUGAAGGAUGAAGGUUUUAACUGUUACUGUUUUGGAAGGACAGCAGGGCAGGUAUUUUUUGGGAUAGUUAAAUUAAAAAUAUCACUUUUGGCCUUUUCUUGUUUGGUUUUGAAAGAUUAUUUUGUCUCUCUCUGAAUCUAAGAGGAUCUCUGUUAGCCUUCUCCCUGUUGUGAAAAGUAGCUCUGUAAGCGGUCAACAGCAUGAUUGAUGUGUGUUUUCAUGUGUUUGUGUGCGAUCAGGAGGAGAGAUCACCUCCACCUUCGAUCACCCUGAACUGGUCAAACUGGGUCACUGCAAACUGAUCGAGGAGGUGAUGAUCGGAGAGGACACGCUCAUCCACUUCUCUGGAGUCGCGAUGGGUAAAAAUACUGUUUCCUGUCUCCUCAGUGGACUUGGUCUCUUCGACCCUGUCUUAAAAAUGCAAGGAAUAAAAAUUUGUGCUGCAAGUUUGACAUAAAACACGCCAUUAAAACAAACUUUCUGAUCAUCUCUUCUGUCUGUCUCCCUCUCAGGCGAGGCGUGCACCGUCGUCCUGCGAGGAGCAACUCAGCAGAUCCUGGACGAGGCUGAGCGCUCGCUGCACGAUGCUCUGUGCGUGUUAGCUCAGACCGUGAAGGAGCCACGCACCGUCUACGGAGGAGGUGCGCAGCAUUCAUAAAUCCGUGGAGAUUAUCUUGAAAACAGAGAAUCUACGGAGAGAUUUCACUUGUCUAUCUUUGACCUCCUUUCCUCAGGUUGCUCUGAGAUGCUGAUGGCCAAAGUGGUGACUGAUCUGGCCAACAGGACGCCAGGAAAGGAGGCGGUUGCCAUGGAGUCAUUCGCCAAAGCUCUGAGGAUGGUAUGGAGGAGCUUAAACGAUGUCACAUUUCCUGAUUUCAGAUUUCUUUACGGUGCUUUUUGUGCUCACAUGAAUCAUCCAUGAAGAAUAAAUAAAAGCAGCCUAAUAAAUUCAAACCAUGACACAUUUUUAGCUGUUUAUCUUUCAACGUCACAUGGUAUUCCAGUUAAAAUUUUCAACGUUUUCUCCUCCAGCUGCCGACCAUCAUCGCUGACAACGCCGGAUACGACAGCGCCGACCUGGUGGCUCAGCUGAGAGCUUCACACCAGGAGAACAAGACCACAUUUGGACUGAGUGAGUGACCUCUUUCUCUUAAAAAUAUGAAUAAAUCACAAAUGAAACAAUUUUGACAAGCUUUGAGUUUGGAAUGAAAGAUGUGGUUUUGUUAAAAAAAAAAAGCUUAAAAUAGAUAUCUCACAUUUAUUUCAGUUUAACUUAAAGCUUUUGUGAGGAAUUUUUGUUAGGUUUAUGAAAAUCAAGUCAGCAGGAUGAGAUUUCUUGUCAGAUUACAUGACUUAUGUAGGUAAAACAGAAGAUACGCCAAGUGUUUGUCCACAGGGGGCGCCAAACUGGCUUUUUUCUCACAUUUAAAUUCAGUUAAAAGCAUUUUUUUUUACUUUAGAGUUAAAUUGUCAUUAUCUUCACUUUCCAUUGCAGUAGAAGCAGAACAUAGCGUUGAAUUUGAGUAACCGAGACUCUGUUCUCUCUAACGUAAGGCGUGGUGAAGUGUUUAAAGACACGUAAAGUCUCAUUUUUAAGGUAAUGGGGUCAUCAAGAGUUCAAAUCGAAGCUUACAAAUUUGAAAAGUUUUUAAAAUCUAAAUGAGACGAAUGAUCUUGAUCAUAAAAUGAUAAAAAGCUACAAUUUCCUAAGAGAUUUUAUUCAGCAGACCAUGAUUUUAUCACCUUUGAGUGACUUUUCUGGACAAUAUUUGAAAAUCUAGAAUCAGCAAGCACCAGAAUCUUAUUUUACUGAUUUCAUCUGCAUGUCAGGAUACUCUAUAGCCAGUAAUUUACUUGUACACCAUACUCACUUCAUUUCUGCAUUUACAUCAUCUCACCAAAAGCAAGGGAGUCUUUGGACCUCAAAAAGCUAAACUGCCCUGAGUUGAGAGCGGUUAUUUAUUAUCACCUUCAGAUGGCCAAAAGUCAGAAAAACUUGAUUCAAACAGUCUUGUUCUGGUUUGGGGUCUUUACAUUUGGAAAUUGUUCCUGCACAAACGUUAAGAGUUUGUUUGUCUUCCUGCAGACAUGUCUGAAGGCACAGUGGGAGACAUGGCCGAGCUGGGAAUCACUGAGUCGUUCCAGGUGAAGCGUCAGGUGUUGCUGAGCGCCUCUGAGGCCGCUGAGAUGAUCCUGAGGGUCGACAACAUCAUAAAAGCUGCACCCAGGUCAGUCAGACACAACCAGAACUCUGAUUUCAUAAAGUUUUAUACUUUAAACUCUGUUUUUAUUUUCCUGGAAUGACAAUAAACCAGCUUUUACAAACAUUUUUACUGUUUUUAACUGUUUUUGUUGUUCUGUUUUGUAGGAAGAGAGUUCCCGACCAUCACCCCUGCUAG